AUGGCUCAAACAAGCUGCUGUCCUUAUUGUUUGCAGAAAGGGGUUAUCAAUCCUCUACUCACUUUAGAAUCGUCAUCAGGAAAACUGCAAAAUUUAUGUGCCGACCCGUUCUGUCGAUAUCCUUUUUCGAGUUACUCAGCCCUUCCUUAUUCCGUCACUCUGCGUUCCGCUGCCGAAUCUACGAAUCCAGCCAAGGCAGCCCCUGAAAUAGAUUGUUCUUCGAUGGAAGAAUUUCUGGCUGAGUUGUGGGACUCUAAAAACGAAGUAGAUCUAGAUGUCACUUCCGGUGAACCGAAUGUGAAACAUCCCCAGCCUGUUAAGAAUACUUCGGAUCUCCAGUCGUCUAACAAGUGCUCAAAUACGCGCCUGGAAUUCUCAGAAAAAUUUUCCGAUGCAUUUGAUUCCGAGUUGGGGUUAUCCCCUGAAUGUCUACCUUCUGUGCCGUCCAACGUUGCCGACAGUUACAUGCUUCCACGAUACUUGGCGGACGACAUAAAGCGGGCGGCCAGUAGUUACCAGAGCAACACCUAUCGACACUCCAGUCCGGUUCCACACAAGUCCAUGCGCGAUACACACAAAAGCUGUGAUAGUGGCAUCUCGGUGACUUCAAAUUCGACCUUCAAUUCAGCAUCAACAACCCUAAGUGAACAUGCUGCACAGAUUCGCACUAGCAUGGCCCCUAUAUCUUCGCCAACAGAUGACUUCAACUCAGAUCCUUCUUAUAACCCCCCAACGCAAUCACAUUGUCCCCGACCGGUUCUGCAUGUUGAACGCAUGAUCCAUUUGUACAAAAAGCGUCUUGGUUCCGUAAUGAAUUGA